UGUAUACAAACACUAUUCAACAGAGCCAGGACUCAUUGCAGCACUCCCACUUCAAGGAAAAUUGAAGAAAAAUAUCUCAUGGACGUCUUCCAAAAGAAUGGAUAUCCACGGAAUUUCAUCAAAAGACAUAUACCCCUAAGUCAACCUAUCAAACCAAAAGCCCCCAAGGAAAGCACAAACAAAAUCGCCUUACCAUAUAUAAAGGACAUCUCGGAAAUCACUACAAGACUCUUCAAACCUUUAGGAAUUGACGUCGUACACAAACCAACAAAGUCACUUCACUCAAUUCUAUGUCAACCAAAAGACUCAACAGAGAAACAAGAUAAAACCAACAUCAUUUACAAAAUAAAUUGUAUCAACUGCGAAAAACACUACAUUGGCCACAGUGGACGUCCCCUUCGUCUUCGUAUCCACGAACAUAAGCUAGCUGUCAAAAGACAUGAUAUCCACUCCCUCAUAUCACUAUAUACAGACAACCACGGAUAUCAAUUCGACUGGGACAACGUUCAAAUAUUAGAUGGAGGAAACAACAAGAAUGCUAGAGAAUUUUUAGAAUCUUGGCAUUCCAGUGAAUUGUCAACCAAUAGACACAUCGAGAUUGACAAAAUUUAUCAAGCGAUAAGAAAGAAACCUCACACACAAAGGGUCAAAGUUCAAGUCAAAGAAACAAUGAGUGGACAAUACAAGUAACCUAGAAGGUGUGAAAACACACAAAAACAACCAGUCACGUCCAAGGUCACCCGCUGGGAGAGAUGAUUAAUAAACUCGUGGAGA